CUUUGUGGUGCACGGAAUCAUGGGGAAGAGCUCCAAGUCCAAGCGACGUGCGUCGUCGUCGGAUGAGAGUGACAGCGACGACGAGCGGCGGCGUCGGCGGCGAGAGAAGAAGAAGAGCAAGAAGGCGUCCAAGAUCGUCAAGGAGAUGGGGUACUCGAACGAGCAAAACCCAUUCAACGACGCCAACCUGACCGAAAAGUUUGUGUGGCACAAAAACAAAAACCGCCCCACCAGUAGCACUUCCAAAUCGUCGUUGAGCAAGCGGCGCAAAGGUGGCGAAUCCGACGAAGACAAGCGCGAAGAGCUCGUGCGUGAGAUCAUGAAAGUCCGUCGUCGUCGAGACGAACGCGACGCUGAGCGAGAAGAAAUGGAGCGACUCAAGAACGAAGAGAUGCGGCUGCGAGAUGCGUCGCAGUACGAGGAUUGGCAGAAAAAGGAGGAAGACUUUCAUCUGUCCCAGGCUCGUGUACGAUCGCACAUUCGUAUCCGCGAAGGCCGCGAGAAGCCCAUCGAUUUGCUGGCAAAGAACCUCAUGCUCGCGUCGCUCUCAGCGGUCGCGAUGAUCGAUCCAACGAAAGAGUUGACCGAAACCCUCGCCGAACUCAAGCAUGCGCAUGUAGAGCUCCGCCCACCCGAGGAAUUGCUCGCUGACUUGGACGUGCGUGCGCUGAUCGAGCUCAAGGACGAGAUCGCUGAAUACAUGGAUCUCGAAGGCAGGACCGGGGAGCACUUUACAUUCUGGAAGCUGCUUCAUGUUAUUUGCCAGCACGAGAUCCAACGGCAGCAGCGGCGGAAGAGCGGACGCGGUGCGAUCCACCGAGACGUCGAAGCGUCGAUCACGGAGAUGCUGCAGGACAAGUCGACUGCGGAACUGGAUGAGCUGAAGCACGAGAUCGAAGGCACGCUUGCCGGCCACGACAAGAGCGGGAUCGAUGUCGAGUACUACGAGAACGUGCUCGCUGAGAUCGUGGUGCAGCAAGCAAAGGUCGAGUUGCGCGCAAUCCAUGCGACGCUGCUCCAGCGCCUGGCGGAUCGCGUCCAGGAGCAAGAAGCAAACGCGGUGCAUGCGGCUGCGCGCAAGGCGGCGGCGGCGGCUGGCCCAGCCGACGAAGAUGAGAUCGAGCUGUCAGAGAAGGCCAAGGCGAAGCAGUUGCUGGAUGAAGAAUUCCUUGUGGACGACGACAGCCGCGAAGCGCUCGCGAUGUGGACAGCCGAGAUGAACAAGGGCAACGACGAUGCCGAAACGCAAUUCAUCGACCAAGUCGACGUGGCGGCCAAGACAUUGCGGCUCGCGGCGUGGAGCCAGAAGUACCGCCCGCGAAAGCCUCGCUUCUUCAACCGGGUCAAGACUGGCUACGACUGGAACAAGUACAACCAAACACACUACGAUGGCGAGGACAGCGCGCCGCCCAAGAUCGUUCAAGGGUACAAGUUCAACUUGUUUUACCCCGACUUGAUCGACAAGCACACGACGCCCAAGUACACGUUCGAAGCGAUCCCAGGGACGACAGAGCUGUGCAUCCUGCGGUUCUCGGCCGGGCCACCGUACGUCGAUAUCGCGUUCAAGGUUGUCAAUCAAGAAUGGGAGUUUUCCCAUAAGCGCGGGUUCAAGUGCGUGUUCGACCGUGGCGUCCUCCAGCUCCACUUUACCUUCAAACGCCACCGGUACCGCCGCUAGCAGCAUGGGCCGAGCACUUCGGGAGCCCUCCACAACUCGAAAGGGACGUUUGUACCUGUUGCAUUACUAUUACACAUCGAAUUAUCCAAGUCGGUCGGUCGAUGGACCUACAAUGGGCCUUGGCUUUGUAGAGUUAGGGCAAACGUGCAAUGGACUUCAUGGUGCACGCCAUGAUGGCACCAGACUAGAGCCGACGCCUGGGCUCCACCGCUCUGCAAGGGUCUACAACAUGCUUGGACGGGAGCUCUGCUCCUCGCACAGGGCACGUUACGAGAAUCUUCGCUGGCGAAGCUGUCCUCACAAGCUUU